UUAAUCAAUCAUGGAGCCUUCGAAGGACCCGACCAGGUAAGAUCACUUCAGAGAUGCACAUCACCCAGUUGUAGACUAGGGACCUAUUAUUUGAUGGUUGGUUUGCAUUGAGGUUGUUUAGCCGAAGAAGCGAGGGUUUGGUUAAGAUUAUAGGGGUGCAAAGUGUUUUCAACUGGGAAAUGGGGAAGAGAGUGAGAGCCAAGAGGGGUUGGGAAGAGCAGAGAGACAGAAGAGAGAUAGGGAAUCGUAUUCCAAUGGGGUGACUGAGGAGUGAUUUAAGUUUGAAGAAAUUAAGGAAAGAUCAACCUGAGGGAUUUGUUUAGAAAAUUUCAGUCAAACGCACUCACAAAUAAUCAUGAUGAUGAAAGAUAAAGUAGAGAAAUUGAAAGAAGACACUGAAGAAACCAAAGGUUUUCAAACCUCAAGUUAUGUCGAUAAUACUCAGCAUCUUACAAGUCAAUCACCUUGUAUCUUCUAUAUUGAUGACUGAAAUCUUAAUACAACAAAGUUUGCAAAAUCUUCGAGAAUGAAAACCUCUUUGAAGAUACUAAAAAGUAUCCUUUCAAUUGUAACAGAGGAAGAUCUUCAAGCAAAUCUAGGAGAUAUCCUGGCUACUUUUGAUACAAAUGGAGUCUGAAUACUAAUAGACUGAGCACAUAUCUUCCACAAGAGAUGCAUCAAAGACUGGAUCAAAGAGCAUAACACAUGCCCUAUAUGCCGCAAAAAAAUAUAUGAGAAAGCUCUAGAGCUACAAACCAGUCUUAUAUCAACACUAUUUGAUAGAUUUGAUGAGGGAUCUUUCGAUAAACGAUUCAAGCUUUGAAAUGGGGCUUUCACAAGUAGUGAGUGAACAUUCUGUUGAGAGUAAUCAGUCUGCAUCAAUAGCAAGCAAUGGAUAUAUAGAAGAGAGUGGAAUUUAUAGCUCAGAAGAUGAAAUCAACUCGGCUAACGGAUACGAUGAAUGGGCAUCUAGCAGUGACCAACAGCUGAGUCAAAGCUCUAUUGAAAUAGGCUUAUCUGGAAGCGGAUCUAGUAGAUAUAAUCCUAGUAAUGAUGAACAAUCAAUUCAAAUAUCCGCUGAUGAAUGAUCUUAUACCUCCGAAGAAAAUGAAAUUUACUCAAUAAGUGAAGAUCAGCUAGGUAUCGAUGUUGUUAGAGAUGAUUCAUCUUCUGAUUAUUCUUUUCAGGGUUCAUCAAUUACAAUACUGAAUCAGAGGUGCUUUAUUAAUGCUUAUAGCCCAGACCUUAGAUAUUUCAGUAGUGAUACUUUUUCAGACUAAAAGCUUUCUUAAUUCAAUAAUCUUAUCUAA